CUGCAGACAAAUAUAUACCUAUACGACACUCUUCAGCCCAUUCAAGAGAUUUGCGUCCUCGUUUACUUAAAAAUAUGUACAAACAACUGGUAGCCGUCCAGAAAUUACAACGUCUCACCAAGCAAGGCCUCCGUAUAUACGCUGUUCCCAAAAAUUAG